AUGCCACAUAGGCCAACAAAGGAGGAGCUACUCCAGGCUGCAACGGGAUUUUGGUCUCGCCUGAAAGUCCGUUUCAAAUGGUUCUCUAUCAGGAGUGUACGACCUUGGAACGUUGAUGAUUGGAGCGCCUUCGUGUCCUGGUUUGUCCUUGGGAAUAUAGUAUGGAUCUUAGUUGGAACCACGACCUUUUUCUCACUUGUCAUCCUUUCUAUCAAUACUGUUGUUGCCCAAGAAACGUUGGCGAGAUGGGUAGGCGAUUACUUAACGCAUUCAGCUGGAAUCAAGGUUGUAUUCGAGUCUGCGAUCGUUCCGAAAUGGGGAGAUGGGGUAAUAACGUUCCAUAAUGUCUUCGUGUCGAGGAGACCAGGGCAGGGAAAGACCAAGGUCAGCAAGGGGUCUUCCAUGAGCGCCGCAGCAGCGGCCGCUGCUGAAAGACAGGCGGAACUUGAAGGGACCCGAGAAGAGGAGGAAGAAGAGGAAGAUACGAACUACACUCAAUUUGACCUGACGAUUGAUACUGUGAACGUCACACUAUCUUUCGUUAAAUGGUGGAAUGGCAAAGGGCUCCUCCGAGACGUCGAAGUCAAGGGAGUUCGGGGAGUUGUCGACAGAACUUCAGUACAUUGGGAUGAUGAAUACGUCGACCCCAAAACUUUCCGCCAUGAGCAUAACCCUGGGGAUUUUGAAAUCGAUUCCUUUAAGAUGGAGGACCUUCUGGUCACUAUACACCAGCCGAACGGAUUCCGACCUUUCUCAGUCAGCAUCUUCUCCUGUGAGCUACCUCAACUACGCAAGCAGUGGCUGUUUUACGAUUUCCUCUCUGCAAAUAACAUGUCCGGGGCCUUUGACGGAUCGCUAUUCACGAUUCACCCACGUCAAAUCCAUGGGUUUGCGGGAUCUCAAGCAUCCCACAUUAACUCUGGGACUGAUGGUGAAGCGAACCCGUGGAAAAAGCACAGUAGACUUCGCAUAGAUGGCCUGAAGAUCGAUCAUCUCAACCGAGGGGUUGAAGGGCCGUUUGGAUGGAUUCACGAAGGGAACGUCGACAUAGUCGCAGAUGUCAUGUUUCCAGCAGAAACAGACGACAGCAUCGCCAAAGUCAUGUCAGAUUUCUAUGAUCGAAUGGAGGCCACAGUGGCCUCGAAUAGAUAUUUACAUCUCCUUGAAAAUAACCCAAGGACAAAUGACCUCGAUACUCCGGAGCAAAGAGCAGCCUAUUCGGAGAAGUUGAAACGGGACGACGACAAACGCUUUCUUGUAAUGGACCUCCGAGUCCACCUUAACGAUGUAAAAGCCGCGGUCCCCCUCUUUACGCGAGAUUUGUCUUACAUUAAUUCGGCGUUGAUCCGGCCAAUUGUAGCCUAUAUCAACUCUAAAAAGACCUUCAUUCCCAUCAAUUGUCGAAUCGUGAAACGAGCGAGCGAAUUUGACGGUAGUUGGACAAUAUUCGACAGUGGUUUGAUGGAGGACCUUUCAGCUGAGACAUACGAGGCAUUUGCAAAGGACGUGGUUGACAGUCAGGCCCGGAUGCGAAGGCUUAAAAAGGUUGGGUUUUGGUCGAUUUCAUUGGCAAUUCAGGCGCUUUUUAUGGGAAUGGCAGGCAACGUUGCCUGA